UGCUUCUUCUCUGCCUCUGUCACUCUCCAGGUUCAGCUAUUGUAUGAGCUCCUCUUCAGCUGGAGCUCUACAUGGGCUCGCCUCCAGAAGCAUGGCAUCCUUCGGCAGGCAUCCAGCGUCCUGGACCCCCCCACUGCUGCGCUGGCCUCCCCCGUGCGCAGCAGUGCCGGCACCGCCCUGCCAGACGCCAGCACCUGCAGCCCGUCGGCAGACUUUGGCUCUCCCACUGAGGGUGACUCGGUGCCAGCCGGAGACGAUGGUCCGUUUGCGGACACCGUGACUCUGGAGCAGAAAACCAGCAGCAUCGGGGGCACCAGUGGGAAGGUCAGCCUGUGGAUGCAGUGGAUGCUGCCCAAGGUCACAGCUAAACUGUUCGCUCCCGACCCCACUGACAAACAGAAAGAAAUAUGUGUCCUCAGUGAACUUGAAGACCUGAGUGCCUCAGUCGAUGUCCAAGAUGUUUAUACGAAGAUCAAAUGUAAAGUUGGCAGCUUCAACAUCGACCAGCACAGAUGCAGGUAGAGUACAGUGUGCAGUGCACACACACUGGAGGUGAAUACAGGAUUCU